AUGUACCGGCGCAGCUAUGUCUUCCAGACCCGCAAGGAGCAGUACGAGCGCGCCGAGGAGGCGCCGCGCGCCGCCGAGCCCAACAGCCUGGCGGAGGGCCGGGCGGCGGCGCCCAGCCUGGCCGCGCUGCAGGGGCUCGGCGAGCGCGUGGCCGCCCACGUCCAGCGGGCCCGCGCGCUCGAACAGCGCCACGCCGUGCUCCGGAGGCAGCUGGACGCCUUCCAGCGCCUGGGCGAGCUGGCCGGCCCCGAGGACGCCCUCGCCCGCCACGUCGAGAGCAACCUCCAGCGCACCCGGGACCUGGCGGCCGAGCGCACGCGGCUGGAGCGCCAGGGAGCAGAGGCGCAGCGCGUUCUCGACGAGUUCCGCUGCAAGUAUGAAAACGAGUGUGAAUGUCAGCUGCUCCUAAAAGAAAUGCUGGAACGGCUUAACAAGGAAGCUGAUGAAGCCUUACUGCAUAACCUCCGCCUUCAGAUAGAGGCACAGUUUCUGCAGGACGACAUCAGUGCAGCAAAGGACAGGUACAAAAAGAAUCUUCUGGAAAUUCAGACCUACGUCACCAUCCUGCAGCAGAUUGUCCAGACCACCCCUCAAGCAUCUGCCAUUACAAGUGGGAUGAGGGAGGAGAAGCUCCUGACGGAACGGGAAGCCGCCGCCCUGCAGAGCCAGCUGGAGGAAGGCCGGGAGGUGGUGUGCCUCCUGCAGGCACAGCGAGCCGAGCUACAGGCCCAGACAGCGGCCCUGGAGCACGCUAUUAAAGAUGCCCACGAGUGUUAUGAUGAUGAGAUUCAGCUCUAUAACGAGCAGAUCGAAACCCUGCGGAAGGAGAUUGAGGAGACCGAGAGGAGCCUGGAGAGAUCUUCCUAUGACUGCCGGCAGCUGGUGGUCGCCCAGCAAACCCUGAAGAAUGAGCUGGAGCGGUACCACCGGAUCAUUGAGAAUGAGGGCAACAGGCUGAGCUCCGCCUUCAUUGACACUCCUGUUGCCCUGUUCACCCCAAGCCAUGGAACCUCUCUUAGCUCUCGGCUUGGUGGAAAAGAUCUCACUAGGGCUGUGCAGGAUAUAACAGCAGCAAAACCAAGACAGAAAGGUCUUCCCAAGAACAUUCCGAGGAAAAAGGAGAUUAUAGCUAAAGACAAAGCUGAUGAGAGUCUGGAAGACAUACCACUGAAAGGUCCAGAAGACACAAAGCUGGUGCAGGUGGUACCCAAAGAAGAAGGUGAAUGUAAGCUCGAAUCAGGAGGUGAAGAAGCAAGUCUCCCAACCCCAGAAGGGGCUCCAGAGGACGUGCCAGAUGGAGGGCAGAUAAGCAAAGCCUUUGGGAAACUGUUCAAGAUGGUCAAGGACAAGGUGAAAAGCCCCAAAGAACCUGAGCCUCCAGCUGACCUCUACACUAAAGGGCGGUACGUGCUGGUAUCUGGGGAUGCCAGUUAUGUGGACCCUGGGUUCUGUUCCUCCUCCAUCCCGGCCAAAGGUGGAGUGGUUAUCUCUAUUGAAGAUGACUCUCUGCAUCGCGACAGCCCUGUGGAGCCCUCUCCUGAGCAGCCGGGUCCCCCUCUGGAGAAUGGACAGGGCGAUCUUCAGGAGAAGGAAGACAGAAAGCCACCCAACCAGCAUCCUGCCGACAAGAAGGAUGAUUUUAGUGCUGAAGAACUGAAAGGACCUGAGGAGAAACCUGAUGACCAGAAGGAAGAGGAGGAGGAGAAGGAGGAGGAGGAGUCCAAGAGGCCUUCUCCCGUGAUCCCACCUGGUCCAGAGGGACCGUCUACACCCCAGUCUCAAAGGCCCGGGGUCGGUCCGGAUGGAUCUGGGGGACAUGAGGCUAGGAGCAGCGACCCACAGGAGAGAAGUCUGCCCAGGACUUUGGCGUAUGAGAAGGUGGAAGUGAUGGAAUCCAUUGAGAAGUUUUCCACAGAGAGCAUCCAGACGUAUGAAGAAACAGCUGUCAUUGUGGAGACCAUGAUUGGGAAGACAAAGGCAAACAAGAAGAAAGCAGGAGAGAAGAGCUCUUAAAAUUCCUGGGCUCAGGGGGAAACAGUGUCUUUGGGGCCACUGUAGGGGAAGUGCCUUGAUGUUUUAGAACAGAAGACAAAAGAGUGAAGGUUCCUUGUUUGGAUUAGACCAUAGUUGGCCCUUCUGACAUUGCUA